AUGGGAGAAGCUACGCUGCCGCUAGCCAAUCAACUGGAGUUGACCUUCGAGGAAUGGUCAAAAGAUCCACUCAUCCAGAAGUUGCUGGCGGUCUCGGAAGUGAAAAUAGUCGCUGACAAACUAGCAGGCCUUCGAGGAUCCCCAGAAGCAGAAAACCAGGAACAAUUUGAAAUAUUGUGCAAGCAAGCAACUAAGGCGGUCACAGCUGCGCUGGAGGAAUUCUUCAAAGUCCAGAAAGACCCGAGAGACUGCGCGGACUAUCAUUCGGAAGUUUGGGUGUCCUUUAUGCGCUAUUUUGAGGUGGAGGAUAUCGACUUUGUGGAAGAGAUGUGCGUGGAAGGGGCUCCAGCCGGCAUCAAUAUUGAAAUACCCUUGUCUAACGGACUGCAUCCGAUAGCUAAGAGCAAAGCUUCUACGAGGAUAUACAGGAGUAACAACGGCGACCUCAACUACGAUGCAGGUAUGCCGCAUUCGGAAGUCAUGAGUCAGUAG